AAAGCUCCCGAGUGCCCACGCUUCUUUCACUACCACGCAAUUCCUCGACCCCUUCCUCUGAGCAACAAGUUUUGCAGCAAGUGACCGCCUUACUGCAGAGGGGGUUAAAAAAAAGGUUGCACGUCAGUGAAUCCGCACCGGUUAUUCCAAUGAAACCGGCAGCCGCGGGGAGCAUGGACACCAACGUGGACCCACGGAAGAAGAGUCGUGCGUCAGGGGUGGCGCUCAGCGCCAUCCCGUCGGUGUGCUCCGUGGCGUCCGUCGCCUUCUGCAUCGUCCUCAGCAUCCACGCCGCCGAUGUCAGGCGCCGGCUGGUGGGCUUGGAGCACGGCGCGGACACCUUUACGCGCACCUCUGCUGGCCUGGAUGCGUUAAUUGAGCAAAAAGUCAACCAGAUGUUCACCCAGCGUUCUUAUGAGCAAUUUGUCAAGACCAGGACGGCCAGACAAGCGUCACCUGAAUGCAACUGCCCUCCAGGACCUCCGGGGAAGAGAGGAAGGCGAGGCCGCAAUGGAGAACCCGGACCUCCAGGUUCCCCAGGCCCAAAGGGUGAAAAGGGGGAUCAAGGCGACCAGGGACCACGGAUGGUCUUCCCUAAGAUCAAUCAUGGCUUUCUUUCCGCCGACCAGCAGCUCAUAAAGCGCCGUCUCAUUAAGGGGGACCAGGGGCAAGAGGGACCACCAGGGCCUCCGGGGCCACCGGGUCCACCUGGCCCACGGGGGCCCCCAGGUGACACAGGCAAAGAUGGGCCGAGGGGCGUUCAAGGCCUACAAGGUGAUCUAGGGCAGCCAGGAGAAAAAGGACCUAUGGGACCUGAGGGGCCUCAAGGACUCAAGGGUUCACUGGGGCCCCCUGGUACUCCAGGUGUUGACGGACUGAAGGGGGAUCUUGGAAUCCCAGGACUGGACGGCAUCCCCGGAGCCAAGGGUGAAAUGGGAGAGCAAGGUGAAAAGGGCGACAUGGGUGAAGAAGGACCAAAAGGUGAAAUUGGAGAUAAGGGAGAUGCCGGCUCCUCUGCAGCGGGCAUUAAGGGGGAACCUGGGGAACCUGGAAGAAGUGGACAAAAGGGAGAGCCAGGACUUCCAGGGCUGCCUGGACUACCAGGGAUUAAGGGAGAACCUGGAUUCCUCGGCCCCCAGGGAGAGCCGGGUCUCCCAGGCCUGCCGGGAACCAAGGGUGAGAGAGGCGACCAUGGGCCGCCCGGAAAAGGCGAAACGGGCAGUAUUGGCCCUGUGGGUUCAAAGGGGUCGCAGGGAGAGGCCGGGGCACCUGGUUUUAAAGGGUCAAAGGGCGAGACUGGCGAUAAAGGAGAUUAUGGGCCUGCCGGGCCGAAGGGCCCGCCAGGGCAAAAAGGAGACCAAGGGGCCACCGAAAUCAUCAACUACAAUGGGAAUAUACAGGAAGCUUUACAGAAGAUUACCACAGUCACAGUGACGGGUCCACCGGGUCCUCCUGGGCCUAUAGGACCGCAUGGUAUUAAGGGGGACCGUGGUUUGCCAGGCCUCCCUGGACUAGAUGGCGAAAGAGGCUACAAGGGCUCCAAGGGAGACAUGGGAAUGCCGGGUGCAUCGGGAGACAAGGGAGCGACUGGUUUACCAGGAUUACCUGGGGUUAAUGGGGUAAAGGGAGACAAGGGUGAUUCAGGUCUGCCUGGUCCUCAAGGCUCCUCGAUUAUUGGCACACCAGGGACAUCAGGACCACACGGCCCCCCUGGACCUAUGGGCCCCCAUGGUUUCCCUGGACCAAAGGGGGAAGGUGGUUUGCAUGGCACCAAGGGCGCGCGUGGGGAGGCCGGCCACAAGGGCGACAGAGGACCAUUGGGCCUUCCUGGCACCGACGGGCCUUCAGGUCCGGCUGGUCCGGCCGGCCCGAAGGGAGACCGAGGCGAGCAAGGAGCGUCGGGUGAGCCAGGACCAAGGGGGCCGUACGGAUUGCCUGGAGCUGCAGGAACGCCAGGCUUGGAUGGGUUGCAGGGUUUAGGAGGAGAGAAAGGCGACGUUGGGGAAAGAGGAGAAAAGGGUUUCCGGGGAUUUAAGGGUGAAAAGGGGGAACCAGGGCAGCCAGGUCUGGACGGGCUGGAUGCCCCAUGCCAAUUGGGCCCUGAUGGAUUACCAAUGCCUGGCUGCUGGCAGAAGUGAUCACUCUAACCUGAAACGCAUGGAGUUUGUAAAUAAUGCUUCUUUGAUGGUAUUUAUAUUGUUUUAUUUUGAAACGGAAGAAGUCCUGUGUGUGUAAUGAUGCAAAAAAAGGACAAAACAACGACCCUCACACUUCUACUCACAUUGUCGCGUGUUUGGGCCGCCGGAGUGACACAGGAAGUGGACGGACUGACGCUCUGUGAUUUUGUUUUGUUUUUUUCCACGUGCGUGACGCUUUUUUUCAAAGGCACAAGCAUGUUCCAAAAAAAAAAAAAAAAAUGUGUUGUGUGUGCGCACACUGUCAUGGCUCCCGCAGAGACAAACUAACUAACAACAACAACAAAAAAACACUUUUAUUAUAAUUUUGGCUUUUCCUGAAUCUUUCCAAGGGAGUCACACCAUGGCUGGUCGCCUGAAACCCCCGCCCCCCAAAAAUGAAAGAUUGUUGCUUUACCGCGCCCGCAAGAGGCGUCGGCUGGCCUCUCCGCGCCCAGCUGCACUGAUAAAAGAAUCCACCAGGUGUUUUCUUUUUUUAAGUUGGGUCGGUGGCCCCCACCUCUCUGAGCAAGGGGGACGGUGUCCAUGGAGACAAGGCUGGAGGAUCUACUGAGCGUCGAUCACGGAAUGCAAUCAUGUUUAUUUGCCAAAGAGCGAUAUAUAUAUAUAUCAUUUAUUUGUGUUUGUCAUGUGACAUUUGUGUUGUUUUUUUCCCGAUCAAAAACACUUGACCGUCGUCAUGAAGCUUCUUUUUUUUUUGGAGUCAAAAAAUAACUGGCAACAAAGCACAUGGACUUACACAUCAAAUUAUCAAAUCAAAUCAAAUCAACUUUAUUUAUAAAGCACAGGGGUAGCCAAAGUGCUGUACAAUGGGCAGGUUAAAAGAUAAUACGAGUACCGAGCAAACACAACACAACACAAACAGAACACGAUAAAAAAUAAAUAAAUAAAAUAGAAUAAAUAAAAACAUAAAAACAGGUUCACAGCAGGUGUAUUAUGGGGCGCCAUUGCAGGAUGGAUAUCACUCAGUGUUAAAAGCCAUGGAAUAAAAGUAUGUUUUUAAGAGAGAUUUAAAAACAGGAAGAGAGGAGGCUUGUCUAACACUCAGAGGUAGGUCGUUCCAGAGUUUGGGAGCAGCAACGGCGAAAGCUCUGUCACCUCUAAGCUUCAGCCUUGUGUCAGGGGAUUAAAGCUCCUGACAAGUGCGUUCUAGCCCCGGAACCAGUUUGUCACUUGAUAGUCGCCGUCGAGCUCGUCAGCAUUUUUUGUGAUAUCUUGAUACAUCAACUCAAAUAACGGAAAUUUGUUUUUAGUUGUGUUGGUUUUAAUGCAGGCGGUGUGGCAACAUCCUGACACUUCCAAUGUGUCUGUUUAAGUAGUAGCUUCCCAAACUACUCUGUGUAGUGUUCCAUAGCUUUUACACUACUGCCAUCUAGUGUCUCAAGUCUGCAACUACCUUGCACGUCGAAUUUAAAGCUCCUGACAAGUGCGUUCCAGGAACCAGCUUGUCACUGAGCUCGUCAGCAUUUUUUUUUUUUUUUAACAGCUUCCGUGUGAAAACACGUGAACUAUCAAGUGGCGUGGCAUUUUUUUUACUUUAGUCUUUUAAGUUGUUUCGCGUUGGAGUGUUUAUAUUUUGUGUAUAAUAGCCAUUUGGUGCCUGAAGCUUUUAUUCAUUCCUUUAACCAGAAAACGUCAUAUAUCCCAUUUUCAUCAUUUAUCGUUAUUUUUCUACUUUUUUUGCAGUCUUCAGUGGUAUUUGUCGGUUGACUGCAUGUGUACAAGGGAAACAAUCAUAUAUGACAGUGGUUCUCAAACUUUUUUACACCAGACAUGUUUUUUUUUUUUUUUGCUUUGGAAGCAUCACUUUCGCUACCUCUGCUUGCCGUCACGGUGUAGCCUCGAACACGUGUCCAUUUUCACUUUCAGCAAAGAUAUGCUUACUACAUGUGUUUUAUUUCAUGCAUAUCUUAUGUAUAUAUUUUCCAUUCUAGUUUCAUUUCUGUUGUUCUCCCAGUUUGAGAACCAGUGAUAUAUGUAGCAUAUUUACAGUACAGCGGCUAGUCAACACUUUCAGUGCAGUAUUAUUGUUUCUUUUAAGUCGCUGCUAUGCAACGUAUAUCUUCACAAAUAUGCACGGCAGUCUCAAGGUUGUUUUUUUUUAAAUAAUUUCUUUGCAUACACAGUAUUUGUUGUAUUUUAUAUGACAUAAUUUAUUUUUCUAUGAUUUAUUGGGUUUUAAGCGGCAUUCCUCUACGUCGUGCUGCCAUUUGUGUACAAAAAAAAUAAUUGGAGGCUUUAUGGAGAGGUGGCUUAUUUCCGUGGACCAUUUCAGCUUUGAGGUGUCGCAAUGACAUUUUUUUUUUCUUGAGGCCGACCCGAAUGUUGUCGUUGGGUCAGUCAGUGCCAUGUUUGUUUCCUUGGUUUUCAUUGAAUGUAGUUUGAUCUAUAUACAGUAGAUAUAAAUAUGUGUAUGUAUAGUGGAUGACUUCAUGUACUGUUGACAUAAGAAGUGCAAUUUGUAUUCAACAUUUUGGUUGUUUGUGUGUAGCAUCCGGCGAGAAAGUCACAUUUCUCUGCGAUUUCCGUGGCUCUGUUUCUUCAGCCGUGCUUGGUUUGGAUAUGCCACUUUUAAACAACAAAAGCAAAAACUCAUUUUGCAAUGAUGACUUUUAAAAUGUUUAUUGUCUUUGUUCAGCAAUUUUUUUUUGUUUUGUUUGUUUCGGCCCUUGUUACACUUUUAAGUGUCAAAAUCUGGACAACUAUUUUGCAAUAAUAAAAAAAACAUCACUAUUAAAAAAUAAUAUGUCACAUGUGUAUUUGCCAUCUCCCCCAAAAACAAGUGGCAAUUUCUUUGCGUAAGUUGAAAUCCAUUUUGUAUUUUUUUUUUUUUGGAUUGUGGUGGAGUUUUUGUUCAUGCAUUUAUACUGUUGUUGUUUUUUUACCCACUUAAUUGACAUUUCUUUGUGUUCAAACUCGUUAAAUUUAAAUGACUGUACUGUCGGAGCCAAAUAAACACAGUCUUUCAAAUACAACACUGGUAUCAAACUUCCACAUGAUCAAAAAAGUGUAUAUAUGUGUUGUUGUGGGCGACGGGGGUAAUGCUUUUUGUACUAAAUUGUUUAAUCUCUUGAUUUUAUUUUUAUUUUAUUUAUUUUUUUACUUUAAUAACACGACAUUAAAAAUAGAUUUACUUCUUACAACAACAUAAUAGAAAACGGCUAAAGGAACUAAAGCAUAGGUGUCAAACUCAAGGCCUGGGGCCCAACUGGCCCGCCACAUCAUUCUAUGUGGCCCGCGAAAGCCUGUAAAAAAUGUGUUUCAAUAAAAUACUUUUUUUUGUUGUUGUUUUUUGUACUACCGUAUUUUUCGGACUAUAAGUCGCAGUUUUUUUUCAUAGUUUGGCCGGGGGUGCGACUUAUACUCAGGAGCGACUUAUGUGUGAAAUUAUAAACACAUUACUGUAAAAUAUCAAAUAAUAUUUUUUAGCUUAUUCACUUAAGAGACUAGACCAGUGGAACUUCUUAACCUUGUUGGAGGUACCGAACCCCACCAGUUUCAUAUGCGCAUUCACCGAACCCUUCUUUAGUGAAAAAUAAAUAAAAAAUGUUUUUCAAAUUUAAGACAAAGUUAUAUGUUUUUGGUAACACUUUAGUAUGGGAAACAUAUUCUAAGUA